CAUGGAACUGGGCCCGGAGCCCCCGCACCGCCGCCGCCUGCUCUUCGCCUGCAGCCCCCCUCCCGCGCCGCAGCCCGUCGUGAAGGCGCUAUUUGGCGCGCCAGCCGCCGGGGGACUGUCGCCUGUCACUAACCUGACCGUCACUAUGGACCAGCUGCAGGGGCUGGGCAGUGAUUAUGAGCAACCACUGGAGGUGAAGAACAACAGUAAUCUGCAGAGAAUGGGCUCCUCUGAGUCAACAGAUUCAGGUUUCUGUCUAGAUUCUCCUGGGCCAUUGGACAGUAAAGAAAACCUUGAAAAUCCCAUGAGAAGAAUACAUUCCCUACCUCAGAAGCUCUUGGGAUGUAGUCCAGCUCUGAAGAGGAGCCAUUCUGAUUCUCUCGACCACGACAUCUUUCAGCUCAUCGACCCAGAUGAGAACAAGGAAAAUGAAGCCUUUGAGUUUAAGAAGCCAGUAAGACCUGUAUCUCGUGGCUGCCUGCACUCUCAUGGACUCCAGGAGGGUAAAGAUCUCUUCACACAGAGGCAGAACUCUGCCCCAGCUUGGAUGCUUUCCUCAAAUGAAAGAGAUAGCAGUGAACGAGGGAAUUUCAUUCCUCUUUUUACACCCCAAUCACCUGUGACAGCCACUUUGUCUGAUGAGGAUGAUGGCUUCAUGGACCUUCUCGACGGAGAGAAUCUGAAGAAUGAGGAGGAGACCCCCUCGUGCAUGGCAAGCCUCUGGACAGCUCCUCUCGUCAUGAGAACUACAAACCUUGACAACCGAUGCAAGCUGUUUGACUCCCCUUCCCUGUGUAGCUCCAGCACUCGGUCAGUGUUGAAGAGACCAGAACGAUCUCAAGAGGAGUCUCCACCUGGAAAUACAAAGAGGAGGAAGAGCAUGUCUGGGGCCAAUCCCAAAGAGUCAACUAGUCCAGAGAAGGCCCAUGAGACGCUUCAUCAGUCUUUAUCCCCGGCAUCUUCCCCCAAAGGAACCAUUGAAAACAUUUUGGACAACGACCCAAGGGACCUUAUAGGAGACUUCUCCAAGGGUUACCUGUUUCAUACAGUUGCUGGGAAACAUCAGGAUUUAAAAUACAUCUCUCCAGAAAUUAUGGCAUCUGUUUUGAAUGGCAAGUUUGCCAACCUCAUUAAAGAGUUUGUUAUCAUUGACUGUCGAUACCCAUAUGAAUAUGAGGGAGGCCACAUCAAGGGUGCAGUGAACUUGCACAUGGAAGAAGAGGUUGAAGACUUCUUACUGAAGAAGCCCAUUGUACCUACUGAUGGCAAGCGUGUCAUUGUUGUAUUUCACUGCGAGUUUUCUUCUGAGAGAGGUCCCCGCAUGUGCCGGUACGUGAGAGAGAGAGAUCGCCUGGGUAAUGAAUACCCCAAACUCCACUACCCUGAGCUGUAUGUCCUGAAGGGGGGAUACAAGGAGUUCUUUAUGAAAUGCCAGUCUUACUGUGAGCCCCCUAGCUACCGGCCCAUGCACCAUGAGGACUUUAAAGAAGACCUGAAGAAGUUCCGCACCAAGAGCCGGACCUGGGCAGGGGAGAAGAGCAAGAGGGAGAUGUACAGUCGUCUGAAGAAGCUCUGAGGGCGGCAGGACCACCCAGCAGCAGCCCGAGCUUCCCUCCGUCCCCCUUUACCCUCUUUGCUGCAGAGAAACUUAAGCAAAGGGGCCAGCUGUGUGACAUUUGGAGAGGGGGCCUGGGACUUCCAUGCCUUAAACCUACCUCCCACACUCCCAAGGUUGGAGCCCAGGGAAUCCUGCUGGCUACGCCUCUUCUGUCCCUGUUAGACGUCCUCCGUCCAUAUCAGAACUGUGCCACAAUGCAGUUCUGAGCACCGCGUCAAGCUGCUCUGAGCCACGGUGGGAUGAAGCAGCCGGGGCCUUUUCGGGCUCCAGCCAUCUCAUGAGGGGAGAGGAGACGGAGGGGAGUAGAGAAGUUACACAGACAGAAAUGCUGCUGGCCAAAUAGCAAAGACAACCUGGGAAGGAAAGGUCUUUGUGGGAUAAUCCAUACCUUUAAUUUAUUCAACUUCAUCAAUCACUUUAUUUUAUUUUUUUUCUAACUCCUGGAGACUUACUUUACUGCUUCAUUAGGUUGAAAUACUGCCAUUCUAGGUAGGGUUUUAUUAUCCCAGGGACUACCUCGGCUUUUAAUUAAAAAAAAGAAAAAGAAAAAGAAGGGGAUAAGAAAAUAUAAACCUGUUAUAAGUUAUGGGACAGAAAGCUAGGUGCUCUGUUACCCCCAGGAAGCGCUGUGGUACUGGGGCUGCUGCUAUUUAAGCCAAGAACUGAGGUCCUGGUGAGAGCAUUGGACCCAGGCUUGGCUGCCUGACAUAAGCUAAAUCUCCCAGACCCACCACUGGCCACUGAGAUCAAUUUGGUGGGAGAUGUGGCCCUGUUCUUCCUCACCCCAGUUCCAUGACAUUGGCUGGUAUAGGAGCCACAGUCAGGAAAGCACUUGAGGCAGCGUCCAGGGCCACCCCUGGCUCAGUGUUGGAAUGUUGCAGUGUAGGUUUCCCAGGGAAGGGGGGUGGGGCUGGGUGGGCUCCACAGGAUGGGGGAGGAGCAUGUCCACUGAGUGUCUUCCUUAUGUUGCUGUGAUAUUGUUUGAUAGCUUUUAUUUUCUAAUUUUUUAAAAAUGGUCAUAUUAUGAGUCAAAGAGUAUCAAAUCAGUGUUGGAUGGGCCACCCAAGGGUGAGGAGAGGGGCUGGAAGCCCUGGGCAUUAGGAGAAGGGAGUGGGUGCUGGCAUGGACAUGACUGGAUAGAAUUUUCUCAGGAGGGAGCUUGGUGGAUUUUGAAGGUAAAACUUUCUGGGUUUAUCAUGUUUUAAUUUGAGAGACAGGGAGUGAUGAAUCAUCACCGGUUGUCCCUUAUCUAACCCCAUAGAUGUGGGGAUUUCAAAAGAGCACCUCAUCCAAGGAGCUGGGGCUGACUUCAUUGAUUCUAGAGAGGCCUGUUUCAGUGCCUACUCAUCCCCACCCUCUGGUGCCAGCCUCCUUACCAUCACGGCUUCAUUGAGGUGUAGGCAGUUUUUUCUUAAAACAGGAGACAGUCUCUCCCCUUACCUCAACUUCCUAUUCUUGGGGUGGGGGGGUGGGAAUCAAGUGAUACUGGAGAUGGCUAGUUGCUGUGUUAUGGGUUUGAGUUACAUUUGGCUAUAAAACAAUCUUGUCGGGAAAAAUGUGGGGGAGAGGACUUCUUCCUACACGCGCAUUGAGACAGAUUCCAACUGGUUAAUGAUCUUGUUCGUAAGAAAGAGAUUCUGUUGGUUGAGUGCCUGAAGAGAAAGGUGGGAUGGCCUUCAGAUUAUACCAGCUUAGCUAGCAUUACUAACCAACUGUUGGAAGCUCUGAAAAUAAAAGAUCUUGAACCCAU